CUGUCCCGCGUUCCCUCAAGAAGAAGACAGGCGCUACUGUACCCGACCGCAACCUUCUGUGCAAGCGUUCAGCGAGUUCGGCCAUCGUACAAAACGGAUUUCGCAUCCAGACGCGAGUGAACCCCUGUCUCGCUGCUGCGGCAGCAGCAGUUGGGAGCUACGGCAGUGUCUGAGAAGAGCUAGGUCAGCCGCCAGCGAUUGUUUGGUGUGAGGCUCGAAGAAGUAGUUUCUUCUCUUCCAGUUCGACCAUAUCCUCGUCUUCUCUCGUUGGACUUUGCUUGUGUCGGCUCGAUUAUGGCAAAUUUUGCUUGGUACUCCUGAUCGAACCUAUUUUCGCCAUUCGCAUCGAUCCAGGACGUUUGCGACAGUGAUGAGAGGAGAAUACAUGGAUAAGCAUGAUUCUGUAAGCGGAACGUCCUGAGAAUCUUACGCCCACGCCUGAGCAGGAAAUGGGGCUCGUCUGGAGCAAGCUUUGGAGUCUCUUCUCCAAUGAAGAGCACAAAGUCGUCAUCGUUGGACUGAACAAUGCGGGCAAAACCACUAUCCUCUACCAGUUUCUGAUGGGCGAGGUUGUGCACACUUCUCCGACGAUCGGCUCCAAUGUCGAAGAAGUCGUUUGGAAAAACAUACAUUUCAUAAUGUGGGAUCUCGGAGGCCAAGAGAGCCUGCGGGCCACGUGGAAUACAUACUACACCAACGCGGAGUUCCUUAUCGUUGUUGUCGACAGCACGGACCGUGAACGUCUGCAUCUCACAAAGGAGGAGUUAUGGAAAAUGCUAUCCCAUGAAGACCUCACCAAGGCCUCGGUUCUAGUGUAUGCCAAUAAGCAAGACGUCAAGGGUUGCAUGAGUCCUACUGAAAUCUCACAGCAGCUCAAUUUGACCGCAAUCAAGAAGCAUCGCUGGCAGAUUCAAGCUUGUUGUGCUCUCACGGGAGAAGGGCUCACCCAAGGCCUGGAAUGGAUCACGGCUCAACUCAAAUCAAAAUGACCAUACCAAUCAUCCUGUUCCGAAUAUCAGCCUCUCAAACAGUACCUGCGCUGAUCACGCGACCCCUAUGGCGAGACCUAUCUCGAUAGACGGGACGGGUGUCUCGCAGAAAACUUCGACCGGACUAAGCCAAAUUCAAUCUACCUACAGUAAUGCUUAUAUUUUAUACCGUCAAGCGUGGAGUAUCAUGGGUGUAUCUGCGCAUGUUGAGAAUUCCGCUCUCCUCUCCGAUUGAAUCUCCGUUGUUUGUGGCGGGGAACGCACCGGGAAGGGCGUGGAGAAGGAGUAAGCUGAGCUCUCCGGAGAAAAGUUUGAUUGUGUAAUUUUUUUCUACAGCGAAAUCUCAGCGUCGUGCGGGAAUCUUUGAUGUACGUAAUUGUUUGAAACCACUCCCAUUGUUGUUAGGCAGGACCAUAGAUGUGAGAACUUGAUAGAUUCGACGGGAGGAAACUGUUGUUGGCGGCUGCAAACUACGCACACCUAGAGCCGUAUUGAACGAAUUCCGGGAAACAUAGCUCAGUCGCCGUUUGAACAGCUCUGAGGGGACGCGAGAAUCUUUCUUCUUAGAGUUCAUCCCUGUACCUAAGGGGCCAUGACGUGUUCUGAGUCUCGCCUAAGUUCGAGGUAAUGAUGAAAUGAAUAAAAAACUUC